CACAUAACGACCCGGCCCAACACGUGAACUUGUGCCGCAUUUCUGAGAAUUUCAUUUAUCCCGGCCCAUUACAAGUAGAUUUGGCAUGGCCAUGCCCAUCAGAUACUCAGGCCACAGCCCAGUCCGACCCACUACCAUCUUUACCUCCUCGGUCAUUCCCACUCUCAGACUCUCUGAUUCCUUUCCCAGAAACUCCCAAAAAAUCACUCUCAACGUCAAAACACUCAAGGUUCAUCAAUACAAAAAUCAUCCGAGUUCAUCAAAUAACCAGUCAUUUAUGCAGGAAAGGUGAGAUGAAAAGGGAGAAGCCAGUAGAAGAAUUGGACAUCAUUAGUAAUUUACCGGACCAUAUAAUUGCACACAUAAUUUCAUUUCUUCCAACAGAAGAGGCAAUUAGAACUAGCAUUUUAUCUUCGAGGUGGAAGUACCUUUGGAAAGGCAUUAAUAGUAUUCUUUUAGAGGGUAAUGAAUCUAAUCUUAAUAGAUUUGCAAACCUUGUGGAGCACGUACUUGACAAUUGUAGAUCCACAAACUUUCUUUCAAUUAAGCUUUCUUGUCAACAAUCUCCUGAUAACAUAUGCUUAUCACGUAUAAAUGCGUGGAUUUCUACUGUUCUUAGCUGUAAUGUCGAAAAGCUAGUCUUCUACUUCUGGAAUUAUUUUCCAGAUUUACCUGCACCUCCCUUACCAACAUGCAUUCUUGAUUGCAGCACGUUAAUAGUGCUUAAGCUUGAUUCAUAUUUUGAUCUUCGCAUACCUGAGUCAGUAGUUUGUUUUCCUCAUAUCAAGUCACUUGGUUUCCAUGUGAUACUCCCUAAUCAGGAAAGGGUUAUGCAUCAGCUUUUGUCUUCCUGUCCGGUGUUGGAAGAACUGUCCCUCUCUGGGCUCCUAGAUUCUGGCAAUGUUCGAAAAAUCAAUAUAUCCAUCCCCACUCUUAAAAAGCUAAGGCUGUGUCUAGAGUACAGUAAAGAAGGUGAGUAUGAUGUUCUCAUCGAUACACCCAAUCUCGAAUACCUAUACAUAGAGGAUGACUCGUUUUCUCGAUUUGUGGUGAAAAAUCUAUCACGUCUCCAUCACGUUGAGAUCAUGUACGAAGCCGUAUGUAUUGAAUCUUUAGAGCCUAAGCAUAUAAAUAGGCUUCUUGAGCUUUUGAAGGGGGUUGCUGCUGCUGAUGUGAUGACAUUGCAUUUCCCCACUGCAUCUAUUCUCGGAUCAGCUCUCAGGUAUACCUGGCCUACAUUCCCCUAUUUGACGAUGUUAAAAAUGAAUUUAACUGACACAUCGGGUUGGACCUGUUUCCCAAGAGUGCUCCAUUCUGCUCCCAAUUUGAAAGUUCUUAUUUUGGAUUUGGGAAGGAUGAAUUGGGAAAUUGAAGCCCGUGAACCAUGCCCGUGGACUCCACCAGAUAAUGUUCCUCUUUGUUUGUUAGAAAACCUCCAGAUAAUUGGAGUUAAAUGGUUUGCAGGAUUUGAUGACGAAGUCCAAGCACUGCAGUACUUACUAAAAGAUUCUCAAGUGUUGAAACGUGUGUUGAUUCACCCUUGUCCAUAUGAAGAAACGGUGAACGAGUUGUUGAUGUGCCCAAGAGCUUCAGGGACUUGUGAUUUUCAGUUCUGUGAGGAAAUUUUCUUUAAGACUUCGCGAAUAAAGAUCACCGUAUGGGGCAUUUAAGCCUACUGUUUAUUAUUAAGGUGUUAUGCUUAACCUGCAAUUGGUUGCUAGACCUGAAGCGGCUGAUUUGAAUUGUUGCUGCAUUUGCUAGACAGACACAGUCACUGAAUGUCUGAAUCUGAAACCGCUUGCAGAUAAUUUUACAGUGUUCAGUGUUGAAUAACACACCAAAUUUUGUACGAACCAUUGAAGGGAAGUGGAAGGAUGCAACAUCUUGCUAUGGAAGAUACAUGAACGGCAUGAUAUUUUGGAUGUCGUGGAAGUUUCUUGCUCACUUCGUACUCUACAUUUUUUUUCCGUUCCGGAACUUGUGGGUGUAUGAUCAAUCAAUUACAUGACGUUUUUUGUUCUCUAACUUUUGUUACAAGUUGUUAUUGAUCUUGAACUUGGUUGAUCAGUAAUUGUUGUAUAGUUCAUGGAGAUGUAUAAUGUAUGAAUUAUGAUCAGUUGAUUUCUCUA